UUCCCGUCUUCUUCCCCUUUUUUGGCUUGUUCAUUGCUCUCUGGGCUCUUUAUCAAUCUGUUUUUCAUUAAUAUGGCAUCAACUUUGGCUCCUGACACAGCAAAGAGGAGACUGGCAUUUUCCGUAGACCAGAUUCUGGGUUUGGACCCAGCGACAACUCAAAACCACCUGACACUGCACCGACCCUGGACAGACACUGGAGCAGAGAAGACCAGCAAAAACGCUUUCUGUUCUGCACAGCAUCUUCAUCAUCCUCAGCGUCUGACCUCCUCCAGACUGACGUCAAACUGGUACGUUGGACGCAGACCGCGAACUGCCUUCAGCAAGAACCAGGUGACCAUGUUGGAGACAGUGUUCCAGAUGAACUGUUAUCCCGGGAUCCAGCUGAGGGAGCAUUUGGCACAAAGACUAGACCUGGAUGAGGACAGAAUCCAGAUCUGGUUUCAGAACCGGCGCGCCAAAGUGAGACGUUCCCUCAGAGAAACCAGACUGCAGCUGGUCCACACCGCUGUGGCGGACCUCAAAACCAAGGUCAUAGGUCAACUGAAGGACAUUCCAAGUGACCUGGAUUUUGCUCGUCAGCAGACGUCUCACCUUCAGUUUGACACGGACGGGGAGGAGGAGUGAGAAGGACCGUGUUCGGACAUCACU